GCCACUUUUGGUUUCCGGAGGUAAUUUUUGAGCUGGUGUUCGGAGCAAAGUGAGGUUAAGUUCUUUUUCCGGUUUGUAUAGCCGUGAGUUCGCCAAGAUGGUGAAAAUUAUGAAGUCAGGGAAAGUCGUACUGGUCCUGAGUGGCCGGUACGCUGGACGUAAAGCUAUUGUCAUCAGGAAUUACGAUGAUGGCACUACAGAAAGACAGUAUGGUCAUGCUCUUGUAGCAGGAAUUGACCGUUACCCACGUAAAGUACACAAACGUAUGGGUAAAGGAAAGAUCCACAAAAGAUCUAAGAUCAAGCCCUUUAUUAGAGUUGUCAAUUACAAUCAUCUAAUGCCUACGAGAUACACCGUUGAUCUUCCUCUUGAUAAAGUUACACCUAAAGACCUAAAAGACCCAUUAAAAAGGAAGAAGGUCAGAUUCCAGACUCGAGUCAAGUUUGAAGAAAGGUACAAAAUGGGCAAAAAUAAAUGGUUUUUCCAAAAGCUGCGAUUCUAAUUGAUUUAAAUAAAACAUUACUUUAAAAUCAGAA